UCUUCGUGCGACCCUCAAUAAUGUGGCGUGGCGUCUCGAAGUCGGCUCCUUCUUGGGGCCUUCUCUCGGAAAUAAACAAAAAUCUGACUCUUCUUUUGGAUCGUUCUUCGUCAGGUUUGCCGCCUUUGGUGCCAGAUAGCUUUGCUUCGAUAGCAAGUAUGCUCCUCUCUCUCUCUCUAUAUCUCGGUGGAUGGAUGUUUCGUAGGGCGAUCGUGAAGUAGAGUCACUUCGUUCUGGAACUCGUCCUGACGGAAUGAAAACAGAUCCUGAUAUUCUUCGGUGGGGUCUCCAUCUCUAAUGAUCCAUUGUUGAACUCCACAUAUUUUGUGACCACUCAUCAAAACGGAAGAACUUUCACGAGUUGCUAUUGUGGAAGCAUCUGGAUCUUUACAUACAACUAAAGAGCAGUUGCAAUCAUCUGUGCUCGGUCAAAAUUGGUUGGCUUUGUCUUUCCCUAGAGAGAGUAAUUCAGGGAGUGUUUCUCUUAACAGAGAUUUAGGAAAUAUGGAGGCCUCUACGUCACUGCCAAUGUCUGAUGGAAAUUUGAGUUGUGAGGGACCGGUCGAGAUAGAAUUUGCAGAUGACUUCUCUGCUCUAGAUGGUGAAGUAUGCAGGAGACUGAAUCACAUGACUCCUGUACCUCACAUUCCAAAAAUUAAUGGAGAUAUUCCUUCAGUUGAUGAAGAAAUUUCAGAUCAUCAAAGGCUUCUUGACCGGUUAAAGUUGUAUGAUUUGGUUGAGCUAAAGGUUCAAGGUGAUGGAAACUGUCAGGUGCAUCCUUUCAAGAGUGAGAAAAGUAGUAGUAAAUCUUAUGACACUCGCCCGACAAAGCUCUUUUUGUAUUGUGAAUUGCCUCAACAUAUUUACCAUGCCUGGGCGAACAUAAAUUUUCGGGCACUAUCUGAUCAAUUUUAUCGUACACCUGAGCACCAUAAGUUUGUGAGAGAUCAAGUUGUUGAUCAGCUGAAGUCUCAUCGUGAGGUGUAUGAGGGUUAUGUACCCAUGUCAUUUGAUGAAUACCUUAGGAAGAUGUGCAAAAGUGGAGAAUGGGGAGACCAUGUGACGUUACAAGCAGCUGCUGAUUCAUAUGGUGUUAAAAUAUUCAUUCUGACUUCCUUCAAGGACACCUGCUACAUUGAGAUACUUCCUAGUGUUGAGAAAUCUAAACGGGUUAUAUGUUUGAGCUUUUGGGCCGAAGUGCACUACAACUCAAUCUAUCCAGAAGGAGAGUUUCCUGCCAUGGAAUGUAAGAAGAAGAAAAGGUGGUGGCACUUUGGUAUUUGAGAUCUCUAUCGUGUUCGGGUUGCAUGAUGGCCAGCGAUACGAGGAAGAAGGAAGCAUUGUAGGCAUGUAUACAUCAAUGCUUGUCCAUACUGUACACACAAUUUUCAUUGCAUCAUUUGUAAAGAAAAGUAAAACGAUAAAAAAGGUAAACAACUUCAUUCUUGUGCAACUCAUCAUAAUUAUAAAUCCAUUUCUCAUAAA